AUGGCCCGCCCCGCGACGCUGCUGGCCGCCGCCCUGGCGCUGUGCCUGCUGCCGCGCGGCCUCGCGUGGUACAAGCCGGCGGCCGGGCCCGGCCACUACUCGGUGGGGCGCGCCGCGGGGCUGCUGUCGGGGCUCCGCCGGGCCCCCCACGCGCGGCGCUCCGACCCUCCGCGGGGCGCCGCCCGGGAGCUGCGCGAGGGUCUGCGCAGCCUGGCCGUGUGCGUCCGGGACGUCUCCCCGAACCUGCGGAGCUGCGAGCGCCUCCCGGGCGGCCGCGCCACCUUCCAGUGCCGGGCCGACGUGCUCCUGUCGCUGCGCGCCGCCGACUGCCGCGGCGCCUGA